AUGGCCGCCUCCUCAUCCUCGAUCCUCCUGCUCCUGGCCGCCACCUUCACAGCCAGCGCUAGCGCGGCGACCUUCACCAUCAAGAACAACUGCGGGUUCACGCUGAACCCGGGCGGGACGUGGACCAUCAACGUCCCCGCCGGCACCAGCUCCGGCCGCGUGUGGGGCCGCACGGGCUGCUCCUUCAACGGCAACAGCGGGAGCUGCCAGACGGGCGACUGCGGCGGCGCGCUCGCCUGCACCUUGUCUGGGAAGCCUCCCAUGACGCUGGCCGAGUUCACGAUUAGUGGCAGCCAGGACUUCUAUGACAUCUCGGUCAUCGACGGCUUCAACAUCAGCAUGGCCUUCUCCUACAGCACCGACGUGGGGCUGGUGUGCAAGGACUCGAGCUGCCCCGACGCGUACCACCAGCCUAACGACAUGAAGACCCAUGUGUGUGGUGGUAACAGCAACUACCAGGUCACCUUCUGCCCGUGA